GUUUAUGCUGAACGUGGGCUCCCUGAGGAAGGAAUGGAGGAACUUAUCUAAAAAGGAUCCAACCUGACUUCUUCCCUGAAUACGUUCUUCUAAAGACUUUGGCUUUGCUGCUGCCUCCUUGUCAGGAUGGCUGAAAAAGCUCCUCCAGGAAUAAACAAGAAGUCUUCAAGGUCCACUCAGUCCCUUCCUCCAGAACCAGUGGAGAUAAUCAGGAGCAAAGCAUGUUCGAGGAGAGUCAAAAUCAAUGUAGGUGGACUCAACCAUGAAGUUUUAUGGAGGACUUUAGAUAGACUUCCACGGACACGACUAGGGAAGCUCAGAGACUGCAAUACCAAUGAAUCUUUACUAGAAGUAUGUGAUGACUAUAAUCUCAAUGAGAAUGAAUAUUUCUUUGAUAGACACCCAGGUGCUUUCACCUCCAUUUUGAAUUUCUACAGGACAGGGAAGCUACACAUGAUGGAGGAAAUGUGUGCUCUUUCUUUUGGCCAAGAGCUUGAUUACUGGGGGAUUGAUGAAAUAUAUUUAGAAUCUUGUUGCCAGGCAAGAUACCAUCAGAAGAAAGAGCAAAUGAAUGAAGAACUAAGGAGAGAGGCAGAGACACUGAGAGAAAGAGAAGGGGAAGAAUUCGACAAUGCCUGCUGCCCAGACAAAAGGAAAAAACUCUGGGACUUGCUGGAGAAACCCAGCUCAUCAGUGGCUGCAAAGAUUUUGGCCAUUGUAUCCAUUUUGUUCAUUGUACUGUCCACCAUUGCUUUGUCACUCAACACACUACCUGAGCUUCAAGUAAUUGAUGAAUUUGGACAACUAAACGACAACCCCCAGCUGGCACAUGUAGAAGCAGUGUGUAUAGCUUGGUUCACUAUGGAGUAUCUUUUACGUUUCCUGUCCUCUCCAAACAAGUGGAAGUUCUUCAAAGGUCCACUAAAUGUGAUUGACUUGCUGGCUAUUUUGCCCUAUUAUGUCACAAUUUUUCUUACGGAGUCCAACAAAAGCGUGCUGCAGUUCCAAAAUGUCCGCCGUGUAGUUCAAAUAUUCCGUAUCAUGAGAAUAUUAAGGAUUCUUAAACUUGCCAGACAUUCAACAGGACUUCAGUCCUUAGGAUUCACCCUCAGGAGAAGUUACAAUGAACUAGGUUUAUUGAUAUUAUUUUUAGCAAUGGGAAUUAUGAUAUUUUCUAGUCUUGUAUUUUUUGCCGAGAAAGAUGAAGAUGCUACAAAAUUUACCAGCAUCCCGGCAUCAUUUUGGUGGGCCACCAUCACCAUGACUACAGUAGGUUAUGGUGAUAUAUAUCCCAAAACUUUAUUAGGUAAGAUAGUUGGGGGUCUGUGUUGUAUUGCUGGUGUGCUCGUAAUAGCCCUUCCCAUUCCCAUCAUAGUCAACAAUUUCUCAGAGUUUUAUAAGGAGCAAAAACGGCAGGAGAAAGCCAUUAAAAGAAGGGAGGCACUUGAGCGAGCAAAAAGAAAUGGAAGUAUAGUCUCCAUGAAUCUAAAAGAUGCCUUUGCUCGCAGCAUGGAGCUGAUUGAUGUAGCUGUAGAUUCCGAUAAGACUGAGGAAGCAGCCAAUUCAAAAGAAACCCCUGAUGAUAACCACUUAUCUCCAAGCCGUUGGAAGUGGGCCAGGGGGGCAAUGUCUGAAGCAAGUUCUAACAAGUCAUUAGAGAACAAGUACCAGGAAGUAAGCCAGCAAGAUUCCCCUGAAAAACUAAACAAUACAGCAUCAACCUCUAGUCCCCAACACCUGAGUGCUCAAAAACUUGAAAUGUUAUAUAACGAACUUACUAAAACUCAGUCUCAGACUAAUCUUAAUGCUGCCUACAAAGACCCAUCAGCAAAGCCUCCACCAUAUGAGGAGGAAAUAGAAAUGGAAGAUGUUAUUGGACAGGGAGAUCCAUCACUACCAAGCCCCCGAGAUGUUCUCACUGACAUGAGAAGCACUUCUAGCAUUGACAGUUUUGCCAGCUGCGCAACAGAUUUCACUGAGACAGACCGUUCCCCCCUUCCUCCAUACUCCGGCUCUCACUUACAGCUAAAGUUCCCAAUUGAGUCUAUCUGUUUAGAAGACCAAAGAGCAAGAAGUUCUCAGUUUUUAUCACUCACAGGAGAUAAAAUGUUUUCCCCCAGAGACAUGACCUUUGACUACUGUCCAGUGGAUUCAACCAUGAGCAUGGACAAUACUGGCUCCCAAUCUCUCCUUCAAAGUCAUUUGCACUAUGAUAGUGCUCUGGAGAGUCCUAAAAGUUCUCUAAAAGGAAGCAAUCCAUUAAAAAGGUCCCUGAAGGUUAAUUUCAAGGAAAACAGAGGCAAUGCUCCACAAACACCACCAAGCACUGCAAGGCCAUUGCCUAUAAUGGCAGCAGGUGACUUCAUGCAAUCAACCCCUCAGCAUAUCAGCACCAUUCUCUUAGAAGAGAAUUCACCCCAUGGAGACAGACCCUUGCUAGGUGCUGAUGGUCCAGCAGCUAACCAGGAAACAUCUAAAAAAUCAUCACCUCUGUUUCCAAAGCAAAAGUUUUUUACUUUCCCUUCAACAAAAGAGAGAAGAAGCUUCACUGAAAUAGACACUGGAGAGGAAGAUGACUUCAUGGAGAUCCCUGGCAUAAGACCUGACCAGCCACAGGAUAUAAAACCAAACUACUUUGGGGAUAAACACAAAGAUGGGAACCAUUUAGUGGAAGAAUCUAGAGUCAGUUCGUCAUCACCCAAAAGCUUGGGUCAGAACUGUACUCAAGACAUUUACCAUGUUGGUGGGGAAGUACAAAGGGACACUAGCCAAGAAGUUCACAAAAUGGAAAACCAUUUGUUUUCCCCGGAAAUCCAUGCAAACCCUGGAGAACCAGAUUACUGUCCCUCGCGGGAAACCAGCAUGUGACUAGUUAAGAGAGCAAUAAAUGGCAAAAAUUCAUUUGUUAAAACUGCAAUUAGUAAUGCCUAUGAACUAAAAGAUGGGAAGCCUCAAAAGUACAUAAAAUGUCAUUUUUGCAUGGCAUGAAGAGUUGUUUAGUUUAAGUACUGUUUAAUUUAAAAGUGGAAAUCUGCUUUUUUAAAAUAAUAUAAAAAUAGAAAAAACCAGGAAAAAUGAUGCAAGGACAAAGAGUAAAAUAAAGAGCUCUUUUUGAGCCUGUCUUCUGCAAUGUUUGACAUUUUUGAUCCUUUCGCUUAUGAUUGUAGAUAUGUUUUUUUUAAAAAAAUCUUUUAACUUUUUCCCUCUUGAAUUUUGGAAUUUGCACAUGAAAGGAUGAAAUGUUGAUGCAUGUGUUCAUAAUGGUGUGAAACAAGGUGCUUUGAGCCUGCAAAAUGCAUACAUUUGUACAUAGCGUGGGUUUUUGGGGAGAUCUACAGUUAUCAAGGAUCUGUGGGAAACAGGUUUCCUGGGACACAGAUAUUUCCUUCGCAGUCUGCUGCGCGGAGGAUUGUACAGACUUAUGUUGCAAAAUUGCAACUUCUUCUAAAACAAUUCGCCUAUCUUGCUUUCUGUUUAAAAGCUCAUAAACUAUAAGUUAUUUGUUUAAGUAAAGGACAGUGUUUCUCAUUAAUCUUUAAAGUAAACCAUAGCUCCUAUAAUUUUUAUUUGUAUAGCUUCCACAGAUUCACAUGCAAGUCUUGAAUAAAAUUCUGUUAAGACUCUGUAAGAUUUAAUGACCAGAAAUUGAAAUUUUGAUAUAGCAAUUCCCAAAUUGAAAAGAAA